AUGAAGCAAACAGCGUUUUUCCUUGUAGGAGCCUUGUGUCUUCUCUUCUUGGGAGCGACACUUUCUGUCUCUGCAGAAUGGACCAAUGAAGAACUAGGUGAUCUUUUCGACAUGGCCACCCUCGCCGAUUUCAGAAGAGGAGGAGGUGGUUUCCGUGGCGGCGGUGGAUUCAGAAGAGGAGGAGGUUUUUUCCGUGGUGGUGCUGUUUCUCGUAGAGGAAGAGGUAGUGGUGGUUUCAGAAGAGGUGGUAAUGGUGCCAGACGAGGUGCUGUUUCACGAAGAGGAGGCGCAGCUGCUGGUGGAUUCAGAAGAGGUAACGAGGAGGAGCAGUCUCCAGAAGAGGAGGUCAUCGAGGUGCUGGCAGAAGAGGAGAGAGGUGGAAAACAAGGAAAGAAGGGAGGAAAGAGAGGAGGUAAAGGUGACAAGAAGGGUGGUAAAGGAGGAAAGAAAGGUGGUAAGAAAGGAGGUAAGGAUGGAAAGAAGGGAGGAAGAGGUGAAAAUAAUGGACCAGUCGGUGGUGGUGAUGAUCAAGGACCAGCCGGUGGUGACAAUGGAGCUCAACAACCACAAGAAGGACCACAACAACCUGAACAACCACAAGAGCAACCUGGUCAACAACAACCUGAGCAACCACAGCAACCAGAGCAACCACCAGUGGAUCAACAACCACCAGCUCAACCAGAACAACCAGUUCAACAACCACCAGCGGAUCAACCAACUGGUCAACAACCAUCUGGUCCAAGUGGACAACCUGAAGUUCCAGUUCAACAACCACAACAACCUGUUUCUGGUCCAGUUGAUCAACCACAACCACAACAACCAUCUGGCCCAAGUGGACAACCACAACAACCUACUGAACAACCAUCAGUUCAACAACCAGGUGUUCCUCAAGAACAAUCACAAACUGCCUCAGUGACUUCUCCAACUGAAACCACUGUUGUUGAGGAUAAGGAAAAUGGUGUCAUUACUACUCAAAGUAAGACCCAAACUCAAGACACUGUUAAGAAUGCUCAAGGACAAACGAUUGAAGAGAGACUUUCUGUCACACUUCAAGUUGUAAAGAAGUACUUGAAGCCAAAGGGAACUGUUGCUCGUCCUGCUGUCAUUCCUAACAAUGAACAAGUUGUUGGAUAA